AUGUGGACCUUCCUGGCUAGCAAGUAUCGGAACCAGGUCAUGUUCCGUGGCAUGACUCCGGCAGUGUGGCUUGAUUAUGUCAACUACUUGUUGGGAGACAAGAAGGUUUACUUGAUGCAGGUCCUACUCACCUAUGAAUAUGAGAUGCGUCGCGAAGCUGUCAAGAAGGCCUUCCGUGAGUCGCGUGCACUGGUGGAUACGCUGGCAGAGGUUCAGGGAAAUGCGCAGUUGAAAGAACAAUUCUUCGUGUCGCCCAUCGCGCUCCAGGGUCGCAGUGAGCCUGCUUGGAAACGUCCAUGGCAGCCAGGUGGCGAAUCCGACGCAGCCUGGGGGAAGUCCUGGGACAAGUGGCAGAAAGGCACUCGCAAGGGCGAUUUCAAGGGUAGCAGGAAGGGCAAGGAGGCAAAGUCGGGCAAGACGGGCAAGGACCGCAAGGGCGGUGAUCUUGUGACUCGCACGCCCGACAAUCGGCUCAUCUGUUUUGCGUACAGUGGGGCCGGCUGCGACGGGAGCUGUGGCAUGGUGCAUUGCUGUCAGGUCCGCGGCUGCGGCAGGCCACAUCCCACUUGGCAGCAUUGGAUGGAGCAUCAUGGUGCCUCGCGGGCGACAGACGGGACUGGCGCGAAGAGCGGACUUUCAGUGCUUUACUUGUUCGCUGGCAAGCCUCGUGACGGAGACCUUUCAACCCACUUGCGUCGCUUGGCUGAUGUGCAGGGUUUCACUUUGAACUUGCGAGAAAUUGACAUUUGUCGGGAUGGAACAAAGUCUGACCUUUCUAAAAAGGCUCUUUGGGAUUCAUUGGAAAAGGAGAUUUGUUCGGGCGCUUGGGAUGUGGUAAUCUUGUCCCCUCCGUGUUCCACUUUCAGUCGCGCCCGCUAUCGAUCUCGGCCGGAUGGCUCCGACAUUUGGUUUUCCUUGGUUGUCUCUAUGAUUGAGCUGAUGUCUACGAUGGGACGUUUCUGGUUGCUUGAACAUCCAGAAGAUCUGGGUCGCCUGCCCAAUGGCGAUGACCCAGCCAGCAUUUGGCAAUGGCCUCAGAUCCGGACUGCAGUGGGUGCGGGCUGGUCAUCCGGCCAGUGGCGCACCGUCGGUGCCGAAGCUUACCCAUCCCAGCUUUGUGCUUUUCUUGCAAGCUUGGUUGCAUCGGCACUUUCUGCCGCCUUUGGCACGGAUGGUCCGGAACGGCAUGCUGCCGAACAGUUUGCUGAUUUUCUCCUGCAGCAGGACAGGCCACCCGCUCCGCAUGAUGCCGAAGCGCUGAUCACCCUGUUACCACUGGAGGCCCCGCGUGUCAGCGCUCAGACUGCGGCUGGGCAAGCCUUCUUUGGCGGGGCGUACUGCAAAGGUGGGCUGGUUGGCCUUGCAGGUCCUGCCACGAAUUCCCUACCUUUGCUCCGGCAUGCCUUUCCAGGGCAGAUCUUCUCUUCCAUUGCGGUUUUCGUGGAUGCAGCCACGCAGAUGCAUCGGGAUUCCCAUAAUGCACCUUAUCCAAAUCUUCUACUGGCCCUCUCGGCGUUCUCGGAUGGACAGGUGUGGCAGCAGGAUCAGAACCUCCUGGAUGUCGCUCGGGCUCCACAGGUUCUUCGAGCCUGGGAAUGCUUUCAUCAGACUGAACCCUGGUCUGGAGGCUCUCGUGUUGUGCUCGUUGGCUACUGCGUGCGCCAGCUGCAGGCUCUUGACACGAACUCGCUGUCCUUGCUCUUGCGCUUGGGCUUUCUGCUGCCGCCCUCGGUCACUGCUGGCGUUGCCCGGGGUGAUACAGCAGAGACCUUAGCGGAGCCCUCGGGUCCUGUCGCCGAUGUUGGGACAGCCCCUGAGGCAGAGGAAGAGAGUGAUGUCUUUGAUCAGACCACGAGUCGCUGUUUUGGCCAGGCCAUUCAUUGCCGCAAUCACCCGAAAGGGCGUGUGUUUGUUGAUGGGUUCGGCUUGUGCUCUCCAGGGCGUUGGCGCCCGGAACAGCGAGGCAUGCUCUCAAGUCGAGGAGAGUGGCAGCAUGCUGAGCGGGUGCAAAGGGCGCUCCCAAAUUUUGUACUAGAGGAGGUUGGUGACUUGCGCAAGGCUGCCUUGCAGCUGGCUGUUGGAAAGAUGAAGUCGUCCCCCUUUAGUGAGCAGGGUUUGCAGCGUUUGAGGCAGCAGGUUGCAAACCUGCUGCCAGACCCGAGUCUGGCUUUGCAGGUCCCGGAGCGCCAGCCUUUCUUGUUGCACUUGUUGUCGCAGUCUUUGAAGCUGCUGGGUGAUCCAGAUUGGGCAUGCCUCUCCCAAGGGGAGGAGUGCUUUGCGACGGGCGUGCCGCUGAGUGACGAGGCUCCUUUGCCGCGUACGCCGCAGGUGUACCGGGAACGUGUGAAGGAGCGGACCUUGGAUAUCACCCCUUUCAGCAGAUCAUGA